UAGCAACCACAUCCGGGACCCUGGGCAUCCAUUAGCAGCGAGAGCUCAGCUUCUUUCAAUCAAUUUUCGAUCGUCUGGUUAUGAUGGACAUUGUUAGAGGCCCAUUUGAUGAAAUCACACGUCCAGCAACUGGUUUUCGAACACGUCCUGGCAGCCGAGUGGCAAGUGGUCCAUCACCAGACAAGCAAAGACGGAAUAUACACUGCUCUGGAGCUAUGGUGGUUUUAACACCAGAACCAAAUUUAGCCCAGGAAAAGUCUGACUCUUUGGAAAGCCAUUUUAACCCUGUGGAAUCCUCAACUAAUCCUUACUUUGAUGAUCUGGACAGUGAACUGGAAAUUUUCACUGAAGAAGACGGAGUGAAGAUUUUGGGUAUUAACAAAAUAGGUCUUGAAGGACAACACAGAAGUCUUUCCUCACCAAGGGAUCACAUUAGAUCUAAUACAAUGGAAGUUCUAAUUUCAGAAAAAUCAGGGAUUCCUGCUACUCCAACAGAUUCAGAGGAGAAUUCUGAAGAUCAUUUAACUAUCCAAGAUCAGACAAAACCAUUAAAGAAUGAGUCUGAUAAUUAUAAGCAAGAGGAUUUAGUUGACAAAGCUGAGGACUCCCAACUUGAAGAAGCUAUAGCAAAAAUGGAAACAUUGGAUAAGAUUUUGGUAAUGAAAGAAGAAAAAGAAAGGCAAGUGAAGAAACAGGGAGAAGAACUAAGGAAAAAGCUUUGGGAAGAACUUGAGGAAAAGAGUAAGAAAGAGACUCGGAGGAACACAAGCAGCAGGAAUGUGAUUAUUGGAAAGCCAGUUGCAGAAAAAAAUGCAAAACCUGAAGGAAUGGUUGAAUGCCCUGAGGUGACAGAAAAUACAAUGAGAUUCCUAGCUCUGACACCAGGUGAAAAUGUUCAAUCAGCUGAAGAACUCCUGGUUACAUCUAUAUUCCAUACCCAACUCCCCGUGGAGGACUAUGAAAGGAAAACUAAUGAACAAGCCCAUGUUUACCAGGGCUGUUCUGAAGAAGUUAAUUUGCCUUCAGAAGCUUGCUCCAAAAAUGUCCAAAACAAUGAAAAUGGGAGCCAAAUACAUCCCCAAAAUAAGAUUAAAGUUAAAGAUUUUAUUAAGAAGAACAUUGAGUUAGCAAAAGAAGCCAAGAAUCCAGUGCUGUUGACUGAUGAUGAGAAAAGAAGAUUAGCAGAACUAUUGAAGAAUAUUGAUGCUGAAGUAUCAAACCAUGAAGAUACUUUGAUGCCCUGGGCAGUAACAGUGGCAGAAAGGGAUGGAUGUACGCCAGAACCCAUAGAGCAACAACAGUUGGCUGAGAUUGAUGCUAAACUGCAAGCUUACCUUUUAGCUGAGAAUAUCCCUGUGAAAACAAGUAUGAGAUCCAGUGUACAAACCUGGAAUAAUCAGCGCUCCAUGGAUAGUUAUACAGAGAUUGGGCCAGGAGAAGAGGUCCUCGUACAGUUGCGAGAUGAACGCGAGCAACACUUGCGAAUGGAAGAGAUAGAACAACAGUUGAAAUGUCUGGAGGCAAUAUCCAGUGAUGCUGCUAUUGACGGUGUGCCAGACUUGCCAAAAGAGACAUUGACUUCCUUAUUGGACGAUUGCAUCCGAUGUCAAAGUUCAGGAAGAAUAUUUGGAAAUAACAUUUUGGAUGCUGAUUCUGACCUUUCUAGUUCCUUAUGUUCUCAACGUUCUCAGGCAAUAACUGAAUUUAAUACACCACGGCUGGCAGACUCUGUCCUUUCUCAGCUUUUGGAGGAGGCACAUAGAUCCGGCCUUUCCCUGUCCUCUGGCAGAGCUGAAGGAGGCAGCAAGCAAUUGGCUGAGAGUGAGGACCCAAAUUACUAUUGGAACCGAGCUCUGGCUAAUGUUAACAGAAUGUCAGGAGUAUUGCUGGCAGUUUCAAAAACAGAUGAUAUUAGCUCAGACGGAGAGGUGGGGAAGUUGAUGCCGAGCAGCAAUGACGUGCCCUACUUGACCAGGGCACUGGCGAUUAAACAAAGGAAAAAGCCCUCUUUCCUUGUUGAUCCAAACCUUAAUGGAUACACAGAACAGGAGCAGCCAACAACCGACAACACUCCUGCAAUUCCACAGCUGCUGCACAUAGGUGAUGAAAAUGUCGCUGCCAGUGAAGUGGAUAGAAAUAUUGCUGACAAUGAGGAAAAAUCAGAGAGAAAUUGAUCUGUGAGAACAUUGUUCGUGGUUCUCUACAUUUGUCUUGUGCAACUUUGUACUGAUGGAAGGAUUGAAGUGACAAAUAUACCAGGUUCUGGAAUGAAGACUUUAACAACACAAAUCUUAUCAAGUGAAAGACGUCUACAUAUGUGUAAAACAUGGGGAGCAUCAGCUUGAAGUAUUUUUGCUGAAAUGUUUAUCUUCACAGAAGACAUACUGAUUUCUGAUUUUAUGUGGAAUUAUGAUUAAAAGUGUAUGAUUAACCUAA